UGAGAAAAUUUAGCAAUUCUAUACUUCCUGUCCUGUCAUUUAUGCUAGUCAGUAUAUUAAUUGACGAGGACUAGAACCAUUGACUAGAUCUGGUUUCCAAUGAAAAAGGGUAAAUUGUAAAUUUUCUAAUAAACAUCGUAAACGACGAAAACAUCCGAUCUUAACCCGCGGAACACACGGAAAGCAAAUAUAUCGAAGCCACUUAACGAAGAAGCCCAAAAAUCCCAACAACAGAUAGUUAAAAAGCGCUCGUCCAUGUAACGGGAGACCUUAAUAUUGUCAUUUGUCAUUAACGGUUGUUAUGGAAGAUCAUGUAUAUAAAUGGUGUCUGAUGCUGCUAGAUAGCUCACGUGUUGCUACUUUGCUGGUAUCUGUCCUUCUCAUUGUUUACGGAUGUUUUAGAUCACUUGGUGUUGAUGCUGCCAAAGAAAAUGAAUUUGACAACUCCGAUGAAUCCUCAAAAUCAGUGUUUUUCUUCCAGUCAAUAUCACCAGACUCCCACACCAUCAGUUCAACACAAGCCAUGUUACUUCCACUCGGAGCUUCCUGUUCGUUGUUGUUCAUGUUCUUUUUCUUUGAUAAGUUCCAGUCAAUAUUUGCAGUUUGUACUGUUGUUUUAGGUACAAUAGCUUUCUCAUUUCUUCUAUUUCCUCUUUGUCAAUAUGCUAUAUUGCCUCUGACAAAUCCUAACUACAAAAUUUCCUUUGGUUCAUUGGGACGUUUCACUCAUGCCGAGCUCCUUGCUAUUAUUUGUUCAAUAUUUUUGGUUGGUGUGUGGAUGUUUACAGGUCAUUGGAUUUUAAUGGAUGCAAUGGCUAUGGGAUUAUGUAUAUCUAUGAUUUCUUACCUACGUUUACCAAGUUUGAAGGUUUCAAUAAUUCUUCUACUUGGUUUGGUUUUCUAUGAUGUAUUCUGGGUAUAUUUUUCAGCUUAUUUAUUUAAAGAUAAUGUAAUGGUGAAAGUUGCUACACAACCAGCAAAUAAUCCUAUUUCAUUUGUUGAUGACAAAAUUGGCUCAACGAUAUAUAAAGGUGCUGCAUCUAAUAAACACCUUUCUUUGCCUGGCAAACUUGUUUUUCCAAGUUACAGUGAAAAGGGGAGAAUGUCCAUGCUUGGUCUUGGAGAUAUUGUGAUGCCUGGUCUUUUAUUAUCAUUUGUUCUGCGUUUUGAUAACCAUAAACAGAAAUCAAGUGAGGAAACCAAGAUAAAAUACUUCCAUUGUUCCUUAAUUGGCUAUUUUGUUGGUUUAUUGGGGGCAACUAUAGUAUCUGAAGUAUACCAGACAGCACAGCCGGCAUUGUUGUUUCUUGUUCCUUCAACAUUACUCCCUGUUCUUGUUAUUGGAUAUUUGCAAAAUGAUCUCAAGGAAAUGUGGUCUAAUCCGUUUGGGGAGUUAACAUGUAAGCUUAGACAAAUUGAAAUAUAAGGACUUUUACUCAAAACUUUAUCAGAGCUUAUAAUUUUAUAAUAGCAGAGAUUACUUUUACAGUGGUCCAUGUAAAAAAGCCAAUUGUGUAGAGAACAGAUUGUAAAUAAAUUUUAUUUUGUGUAUUUUGCAAGAUUGAAACUAUUAAUUUUCAUCCAUCCCCAUUAUACACCUUAUGCUAUGGCCUAGCUCAUGGCAUAAAGAAACUUUAUUCAUAGAAAUAGAGUUAAUUGCUAUAGACAUACUUUAAUCUUUGGUUGUCUUGCAGAAUUAAUAAGGGUUACCCCAAUGUACUGUAAUGUUUUAAAAUGUAAUAUUUUGAUUUUGCUCAGAUUUUACUCAAAAAUUUACCAAAAUUUGUGUUACUAGAAAUUUA